AUGACGGGGCCUGCCCUGCCAGUGGAGCAUCCAAAACCGGGACUCGGUUGUUUCAACCACAGCAUCACAGCAAUAUGGAAACGUCCAUUGCUUCCACCGCCCGGUCGCACGACGCAGUAUUCGUACAGAUGGCAUACUUCGGACCACGUCUACCUCCUACUUGCUAAGGCUGUUGUGGGGCCAAAAGGGACAGAGAUGCUCCAUGGGUUGCCCGUCAGUCACAAUGACGGUGUCAUACCGCUGUCGCUGAGGCGUCAAGCCCGCCUUUGGCGAGCCGAUGCUCUCGAGAUGAGAGCUUUCAACCUGUCACCGGACCCUGAAAGAUACUGCCUGGCGGCCUGGCCGGUUGCCCUGUGCCUACGCCAUCGCGUCUAG